AUGGCUGCCCCGAAGUUUCUGAAGAAGGAACCACGCGUGUUUAUCAUCACGCGCGUUAGUCACGCACACGCGUGACGAGAUGAUGAAUAAAUUACGUUGCAAUUUUUGGAAAAUCAGUGUAUUUUUGCCCUUUAUAGGAAAAUUCCAUGAAAGUGGUUUUCACUAGUGUAUGUGCUAUACGCUAACCAUGUAUAAUUUUCUCGUAAAUUCGUGGUUUUAUAAAUAAAUGGUAGUUAGCUUCGUAGAGCUGAAGGAGCACGUCGUUAAAACUAAAUCUCUCAUUUCUAUGUAAUCAACGAUAAGUACAAGCCAACCAGCACUCUAACAGCUAUUAUAAAAUAAAAAAAUUAACAUUGUUUCCUCAUUCUGUCAUAAUAACUAUAUACCGCUCGAGCCACGCGUUCGGGCCUCAAAAGCAACGGACCCGGCACAAACCUCGGUCGCGGAAGUGAAAUGACGUCAUAUUUGCAGGGCUCGGAGUCCCCUCAUCGUAUUGGCUGAAAAUCGAAACAGUACGACUGGCGCCGAUCGCGUGGCUUUGAAUUUUCGCCUAGAAAAGUGGGGAAACGGGAUCCUUGGCAAGUUAGAGAACAAAUCAGGGCUCAGGCUAUCUACAGGCAAGCUUAGAUUUCCACGGUAAGUCGAAAAUCGGCGAUAAAAGUCAAAUUUUUGACUCGGCCAUCGAUCGAUUAUUGCCGUAUGGGCCUGUACAGGGCCGUAUAUCGCCAAAAAUCGCCGAUUUCGGCGGGAAAAUCUUUAGAUAUUAAACUAGAAUGUGUAUAAAAGUUUUCUCCAAAUGGCUAUGGGUUUAGGGUACUUAUUUCGGGGUGAUUUGGUGUUAAUUUUAGGUUCUGUGUUAAGUUGGCCGUAGCCAGCCGGUCAAAAUGACUCAACAAAUUCCGCUUCUACGCGCUUAGUUUUGUUUGUUUUUACGUGGUUUUCGUUCAAAUCGCUUUUCUAAGUAUUUUUGGCCGUAUUAGAGAACUGGCUAGGUUUUCGAUCGGCAAAAAACUCACACUUUUUCGCAUUUCAGAAAAUGCAGUGUCGGCGCUGCAAUGGAUGAUGGGAAAUGCUUAUUAGACGUGAUCAGGUAAAUAAAUUAGCAUAAUUUAGCAUAUAAAAUUUCGCUCCUUUUAUAUGAAAUUUUGCCCAAAUUUGCCCAUUUUAUUCUUAUAAAUUGUAGUUGGGUCACAAUUGUGGUUUUUGUUUGCAAAUAUAGUGACCCACAAGCCUUGAAAGAGUUUUUUCGAAGCACAAGUCAGGUUUGUAUAUUAUUUCAUGUUUGCCAAAUUAUAAAUUCAAAACGGAUCCACUGAGCUCAAUGUGUGUGCAGGACUAAUAUUUGAAAGUGGUGUUUUGCAUGUCUUGUUUGGUUUUUGCCCGCUGCGUUAUCCUGUUCAAUAUUUGAACCUUAUUUGGGGAAACCGAAUUGACCCGUUAAGCCACAAUGCACCCAAAUUUGUCAUUCAAAAUUGUCUAAAUGCCCGGCAAUUUACUUGCCAAAAGGGAUAGCAUUAGAUGGUGGAUCGAGGUACGUUUACACGCUGCGAUUUGGUGUGUAUGGUUCAUAUUCUGGCAUGUGAAAAUUAGUGCUGACACCAAAAUUCCUCUUCAUUUAGCUUAUGGCAAAAUUUUAAACGCAACCACUUUUUUUGUGUGUUUUUGAUUAUACAUACACCAGAAUAUGAAUUGUACCUGACAAAUCACAGUGUGUACUAAACAUACCUUUAAGCAGACCAUCGUGCAAUGUCUCAUGUCAACCCGGUUAAGCAAUGGUGCACCCUAACAGACCCUAGCUACUUUGUUCUUUUACUCUUUCUAAACCCAUGCAGUCGAUUUACUUGUCAAGGGGGAAGUAUUGGUGCUCAGUGGGUUAUUAAUGGCCAUCAAUUUUUUUUUUAAACAGCUUGCAUUUGUGGAGGGUAAAGUUCCACCUUUAACUGAUAAACCUGAUAAUGUAAGUAAAGCAAUGAUAUUUGUAGCACAGUGGUUACUGUAUGUAUGGGGUUUUUUUUCACUUCUGCAAGUCGAGUUACCCUGCAAUAUGCAGCUGUUUUUGUACAAUAUGCAGCCGUCCACCUUUUGGCGAAGGUGAAAUUCAAGGAUUUUCCAUGACUUUCAAUGCCCUUUUUCAGUAAAUUCAAGGACCUAGAGCUGGGGAAAAUCUUGAAAUGAAAAUGACACAGAUUUGCCGUAAAUAAUUGACUUUAUUCAGUAAUUUUAAUCAAAAUCACUAAUGUUGGCACACAGCUGGAGGUUAAGGAAAUUCAUUCCGGGACUUUCCAGUCCUGGAUUUUUUUUCCAAUACAAGGACUUUCCAGGAUAUUCAAGGCCUGUGGACACCCUGCUUUUUCCGGUUUGAGAGAAGAGUGCUUCCAGUUUAAUCCAUAGUAACAUUAGACCACAAGGGAUAGGUGGCACUUCCAAUAUUAAAGCUUCUUUUUGUACUGACAUUGGAGCAAGUAAGAGAUGGCCCUUACUGGACAUCUAGGGAGAAUGGUUUAGAAACAAUAGAGAUGUACAGCAACCAGUAUAAAAUAAUAAGUUAGUUAAUUUUUAAACUCUCAUUAUUGUCUAUUUUACAGAAACAAGGAACAACUAACAAUAUUUCAAGAAAUGACAAUGUUGUAUUUUCAACCACCAACUCCCAAUCAUCAAACAAUCAACCGUCACAGUCGAUCUCGACAUCGAGUGCACAUAUAAAUAAACAAAGUACACCUUUGGCUCACCUUUCAUUCCUGUCUAAUGCUGGAAAUGCUCCGGGGAACUUUUUGGGCAAUAAGGCCUCAUCGAUAAAUAAUGGUGUACAAACUAACACUGGGACAAGCAAUUUAACAACUGCCAGUAACUCAAGAAGUAUUAAUCUAGCUUCAAACAAUCACAACUUGGUAACUUCGGGUAUUCAAAGCGUGAACAAUUUGGGAUCUACUAAGCCAUUAACCAUAGGCAUUCCUUCAUCACAACCUGCAAAUGUGCCACUUUCGUUUGGUUUUGGUGAUGCAAGCAAAGCGAGAAACAUUCUGUCAACCAGUUCGGUUCCUUUGUUGACUGUCGCAAAGCCUACUGUGGCAUCGGCUAAACAAAGCGUUACCCAACAGUCAACCCCACCUAGACUUGUUGCCAGUCCUCAAGCAGGGCUCAGUGCUACAGUCCGACCUCAGAAUCUAAAGAGCUCGCCCUUGCCAAUAUUAAGACCAAAGGGUAUAGCACCUAGGCCACAAAACACAUUAAUUCCUGGAGCGCAAAACAAUUCGCAAAUUACUAUACAAGGAAAUGUUCUAACUCAAGGCCCCAAAACUACUCCGAUGAAAGGGCAACCACAGUUAGUCGCAAUUCGACCAAAAAUUGUAAUUGCCCAACCAAAUACAAGCGGUUCAGGACUUGAUGGUCAAACAAACAGUGGAAAUUCUACAGCUAGGCCAAAACAAGCCGUACAAAACACAUUCACUCUUGGAGGAAAAGGGCAACCCCAAUUGCCAAAACAGAUUUUGAACACAUUAACUGUGCCACAUCUUAAACAAGGAAUGCAGAACCAAGCAGUCGGCAAGUCUGGUUUAGCAAGUUUGGUUCAGCUACAGCCCAAGCAAAUUGCACCAAAGCCAGAGCAAGUUUCUACAGCUCAAAUUGGAAAGGCGAAGCUAACACAAGAUCUGCAAGUGCAGACAGCAUUACUUCAAAGUUUAUUGGCACAAGGUCAAUUUGGAGUUCAGACAAAUGCUGGGCAGAAAGAUUUGAAGCAGGGUACGAAUUUGGGUCAAGACAAUUCAGCACAACAGCAAAAGCUUUUUGUGCAACAGAAUCAGUUGAAGAAACUAAUACAACAGAAUCAACUUGUACAGCAAGCUCUUCAAGUACGGCAAGCUCAGCAACAACAACAGCAACUUACACAAUCACAACAAGCACAUACACAACAACAACAGCAACAUACACAAUCACAUUCACAACAACAACAGCAGCAUACACAACAGCAACAACAAAACAUGGCCUUACUCCAAAUGAAAUCCCCACCAUUAAACACCAAUAAUACCACAAUGCCUACCCAACAGGUCAAACUUCAAGUCCCUUCAUCCCAAAUUACGCUCAAUGCUGCAAACCUAGCCUCUCAACUAAAAGAAGCAAUCAACACGAAACAACUUCAACAGUUUUUGGAAAAGAACCCAAUUGUGGCACAACAACUGAAGCAACUGAACAUGAGACAGGCUGGUCUGGCAGUAAAUGCCAGACAACAGGGUGUUUCAGGGAAUACAGUGACUGUCAGUAGUGCAACUCCUGUUAAAACCGUAACACAAUUACAGAAACCUACAGCGACAAUUGCGCAGGUACAAAAGGGUACAGUGAACCAGUUGCAAACUGUUACACAGUUGCAGAAAAGUACUAUAAAUCUAAACCAAAAACCAUCUUUAACUAUUGGCCAGUUUCAGAAGCCCGCUGUAAUAAACCAGCUAGCAAAACCGACCGCAAAUGUAAACCAACUACAAAAACCUGCUGUGUCAAGCAUAACUCAUUUACAGAAAGGUGUUACAACUAAUAUAACCCAGAUAGCAAAACCAGCUGUAAUUCCUAACCCAAAGAAGGUCAUUAGUAUACCAUCAACUGGUCAAGUAACACAAAUCACCACACUAUCUGCUGGUACCAAUAUCCAGACGUCCAACCAAAAACCAGUUACCGGUACCACACAGAAAGUGGUUAUAGUUCAAAAUGCUAAUUCAAUGCCGACACUCACUCCUGGACAACCCAAAGUUUUGCUACAGACCAAAGAGGGGAGGCCAAUACUACUCUCGCAAGAGCAGUUUAGGCAGAUUCAAGCGCAGUUAGCCAGUAAGAAUUUGAGUAUACAAGGAAAGUUGGUUACAGCAGCUCCUGUUACUACAACAACAGCAACAACGGUUAAGCCACAGGUGGUUGUGAAGACUGAAGCAACUACUCCUAAGGUAAGGAUAAAUAUUAGCAGUUCAAUUGUUUCUGCACUUCAAAGUCCAACACUGGGUGAAUUAAUGAGUUUGCAAAUUGGUGAGUUUUACCGGUAACUAUUCUUAGUUUGAAUUGUCAUGUGUUAACCUUAAUUUAAAUUAUAAUUAAAAUUGUUACACUGUAAAUAUUAUACCAGUUCAAUUUUCUUAACCCAUUGAGCUGCAAUGUGCCCCACUUAUUUUUUUUACUUGUCUAAUGCCAGACGAUUUUACUCGUCAAUGGGGAAGCUCUGCAGCUUAAUGGUUAACCAAAAAAUCUAACAAUGUCUCUAUUUAACCCAUUGAGCUGCAAUGUGCCCCAUUUAUUUUUUUUUACUUGUCUAAUGCCAGACGAUUUUAUUUGUCAAUGGGGAAGCUCUGCAGCUUAAUGAUUGAAGAAGCAUAAGUGUGUUUCUUUUUCAAAUUGGGUUUUCUGUAAAAACGUGACUGCAGAAAACGUUUUCUAUGGGGAAUACAGGAAUUACGCACCUCGCAAUGUCUAGUGCAAACCAUGAUAACACUAAUGUUUUGAAUAUCAGUAACUGUUUUUUCUUUGCCAUCAUGUACAGGUUAACCAGAAAGUUUUACCAGCCACAGCAAAAACUCCGAGUACCAAACAGGUACCGUGCCUUCACAUUCAAUGUUAUCAUUUAGGAUCUCAUUGUGUUGAGAAGAAGUAUUUGUUGCAAUGCACUGUAAAGUACAAAACAAUAGAUACUCCGAAAAUUGAAAGAAAGAAAAAAAUGCUUUUAAUUUUCGGAGUAUCUAUUGUUUUGUAUUUUAUCAAAAUACUCAGUGGUUCCCGUAAUUUAUGCACUGUAAGGUAUAUAACUUAUUUGCUCCAUUUGUUUCAGGAAGUAACAAAAAAUACAAAGCGGCCAAUCAAAGCAGUGGAAACGGAGGAAUCGAAGUUGAUAAAAAGGUAUUUUCAAUUUGAAAUUUCCCAUCUGGGGUAGCACAACCAUACUUGGGAAAAAACUGCUGCUUGAAAAAUGACAAUGUAUAUUUUUUUAAUUUUCCUUAAAGGAUGAAACUAACUGUACAAAAGGAUCAGAAUGAUGUUUGUUUCACUGAUAUACAUAAACCAUUCAAAUCACAGCAAGAUGCAAUCACAUGUCUCACACCAUAUCAUGUAUAUUCUGAACCUAUUCCUAACGCCAGAAUGCAACAUAAAGGUAGGACAUGAAGGUUGUCAAGAAAGCAGUACGUUAUAGUGGUGGUGGUUAAUUAUGGUGGUGAUGACGGUGGUUGGUGGUGACGAAGAUGGUGGUGGAUAAUUUAUUAUCUUGAUGGUGGUGGAUAAUUAUGAUGAUGGUGGUGGAUAAUUAUGAUGAUGACCAGUGGAUAAUUUAUUAUCUUGAUGGUGGUGGAUAAUUAUGAUGAUGGUGGUGGAUAAUUUAUUAUCUUGAUGGUGGUGGAUAAUUAUGAUGAUGGUGGUGGAUACUUAUGAUGAUGGUGGUGGAUAAUUUAUUAUCUUGAUGGUGGUGGAUAAUUAUGAUGAUGGUGGUGGAUACUUAUGAUGAUGGUGGUGGAUAAUUAUGAUGAUGGUGGUGGAUACUUAUGAUGGUGGUGGUGGAUACUUAUGAUGAUGGUGGUGGAUAAUUUAUUAUCUUGAUGGUGGUGGAUAAUUAUGAUGAUGGUGGUGGAUACUUAUGAUGAUGGUGACGAUGGAUAAUUAUGACGAUGUUGACAUACUAAAACAAUUUCCAACAUAAAUGUCAUUUUCAUUUCAGCAAACGCAUUACUAGACAAGUUAGCGCUACAGCUGACACAUAAAAGUGACAAGAUGAUAAAUAAAUAUCGACAGUUGUUGCUCAGUGACAUGCAGGUGAGCCUAAAGCCCAGGUCACACUACACAAUGAUUAUGAUACAAUAACUUGCAUACAGUAUGUGUGCUGAUUGGUAAAAAAUUUAUCGUUGUCGUCCGACUGAAAACAAAAUCGCUCGGGUGAGCGAUUUUAAAAUCAUCAUCAAAUGAUAAUUUUAUCAUUUGUGUUGUAGUGUGGACACUAACACAAUUUUUUCCCCAAUUAUCACGUGUUUACAAUUCAUCGUGUCGUUAUCGUUGUGUAGUGUGACCGGGCCUUAACAGGACCUCCAGGGAGAGCAGUUUAGAAACAAUGGAGCUAUCCAGUAUAAAUAAACUAAAUUUCAACUUUGCUAUUUAGCGAGAUGUACCCUCUGCUGAAGUCGUCAUGGUCAACAGAAUCUACUUGGCUGAUGAGAAAGCUGCUCUCUUGAAGGAAAAGCAAACUAUGUUAGAAGGUAUAAUAUACUCUGAAAAACUUGCUCAUAAAUUAAUAACAGCAUGCCAUGGUUUGUGUCUGAACUACAUGAAAAGAUUGUCUAAAAAAUUAAAAGUUCACUGCAUUGAUUAUUAAUAUUUUUUUUUAUUUUCAGAAGCCAAACAAAUGGCCAAGGAAGCCAGAGCAAAUCUGUCUCAAAUGAAAACAAACCCAAACGCUACCCCAAACUCCACAGAUACAACCACGACUAACCAACUGUCCACAGAUUGCACCACUAUCCAUCCAGACACAUCCGAACCUAUAGAUAUCAGUGAUGAUGAUUCAUCACCGAUCACGUCGGCAAAUAGUUUUCUAACACAUAUUUCUAACUCAAGGACAGAUAAUAACGUAGUAAAUAGGGCAUUGGAACCAGGUUGAUAUUAUGUAUAUAUAUGACAAUUUGGGAUGAAGGUGUAUGUAUGUUCUUAACUAAUUAAGUUAUAAUGUAGUUAUUGAGUUUUGUGUGUUUAAAUUAAAACAUUAUACAAUAACUUGUGGUUUUUAUACUUAUUUUUUACAUUUAUGUGCAGUAACAAAUUCAUCAGAAAUGUCAACAGCUGAACAAAGCCAGCCAAAUUUGAUCACAACUCACAUACAGUAUAUUUAAUUGCAUGCGAUGAGUUAAAACUAUAAAAUAUCAAGACUUCUGAAUCUGUAGUUCAUUACGUAUGGCCACUCCGAGUAAAUUAGUAAUUUCUUAUACUGUACAGACUAAUUGGUACUACUUAGUAGAUAAAAUAUAAGUCACUAGUACAUGUGGUAUUUACAAUCAUUUUUACCGGACAAAAAAUUACCUAUCCUCAGACACGUCUUACCACUAUCCCAAGAUAUCCAUCAACAUCCUACGUAGUUGGGCUUACUACUGUGACGUCCUCACUGCGCAUGUCUGACGGCAGUUUUCUCGCAAAGAUUGAAUGAAGAUUUUGUAAACUUCCACCAGCCACUUUAAAUGCCAGUACAGCCAUAACGACCAGGACAAGAUAGGCUGAAAGCAUAGACCCAAGAUACGACUCCUUGUUGUUCAGUAAGGUC